CUCCAAGUCUUGUUAAUGGGGCGGGGGUGGGGGAGAAGAAUAACUUGUCUACCUAAUACACACUGACAGUGAAUAAUAAUAUCUGAUAAUUAUAUAGUUGUAGAUAUUAAAUAGUUAUGAAUAUUGAUAUGCCUAUAGAAAAUGGUGUGGAUGAAUUCCCAUUCAGAUUUAUCAUGACCGCUAAAAUUUUAAAUGAUUUCUCUAACGACAAGAAAAAACACUUCAUUUAAAGAAGGCAAAAACACAAAACACUUGUCUUGAAAUAAAAUAAGUGAGAGGGACAUGAGAGAAGGAAUACGCAAGCGCUUACCUGAUCGCAGCAGUGUUAAGUAUGUCUGCGGGAUAUUCGGCUGGAUAAUAUUUUAUUUUAUUUACUUAUUGCUCGGUGGUAUAUGUAUGCUAUAUAUUGAAAGGGAUAACGAUUCACAACUCAAAUCUGAAAUUCGCAAAAAACUGCUUGAAGUUUUGAGUAAACAUAAUUUAACAGCUAAUAGUACGGCAACGAAGGAAAUUAUUAGUGCUGUUAUACAUGCUUCAGAUGCCGAUGCUAUAAAAAUAGAGAAUAUAAGCGAGGAUGUAGAUCCGUCAUGGAAUAUUGCAGUUGCUGUGUUUUUUUGUAGUACAAUCGUUACUACAAUAGGUUAUGGCAACUUGGUACCAGUUACCGCGAAUGGAAAGGUAUUUACCAUUCUCUACGCCAUUGUUGGUAUUCCAAUCACUGGUUUUGUUCUCGCGAGAAUAGGGGGUGCGUUACUCAAACUGAUUGAAAAAUGCGAUGCAUUCCUCGCCUCAUAUAUCAUUGCCGUCAUUGGAAAACUAGUAAAAGAGGAGAAAGUCAAGAUAUAUGUUCGCUUUACACAGUUAGGCAUAAUCGUGUUCAUUUUCGUUUGUUGUUUCUGGCUCAUUCCAGCUGCCAUUAUGACUAAAAUCGAAAAAUGGGAUUUUAUGACAGCCGUGUAUUUUUGCUUUAUCAGCAUUUCUACCAUUGGUUUGGGUGAUGUUGUGCCUGGGACAUCACGCACAUAUAUGAAAAGUUUUGGAUCGAAUGCAAAGGCGGUUACUAUACAGUUAACUGUGAUGCUGUACUUGCUCAUGGGGCUGGCUGCUUUAUCAAUCAUCUUAAAUUUAAUCGGUUCCGUUUUAAAAAUAAUUGCUGACUCGACAUUGAACACGGCGGGAAAUGUCGUUUCAAACAAUAGUAAAAAAAUUCUCAGCAUUGUGACAACAAAACCUUUCCGUAGCAACAAAGUGACGGCAAAAAAUGAAAAGGAUUUGACAGAAAAAACCGAUGUUAACUCCCCCUCAGACGUUUUAUACAAUGGUGAUGUAGAUGAACCUAACACUGAGUAUCCGGCAGACAUCUGCAACGACGAAAGAGAUCAUGUUGAAAAUAAGCGCGCGAGAAAUGUAAAAAAAUCAGUGUUUGAACGCAUUAUGGAAACUGACUUACUUCAAGGAAAUUCAGAGCUGCAAUUAAACAUUGCAGUGGAAGAAAACACGGACGAAGAAUACGUUGUAACAACAGUUCACGAAGAAAAAUUUUUUGUAGAAGUUGGCGUGCAGACUGUAGAACUAGCUUUGUAAGAACACUACACGAGAAAAACUGAGCACACAACGCACCUAUCCAGAAAUGCACAAUUUUGGUGCCAAACAAAAUUAUCGAUAUUUGGCAUGCAAUUCAGAAUAAACGCCAGUUCAGUUUAAAAAUUGAAUAUGCUUCGCAUCUGGCAUGUUAAAGUGUGGCAAAUUUAAAAAAAAUACAAGGCUAGUUGGCAAAACAACAUUUUCGUGUUUACGGCUAAUUUUAAAAAGACAAGGCUAGUUGCCAAGACAACAUUUUCGUGUUUACGGCUGAUUUUAAAAAGACAACCCUAGUUACCAAGACAACAUUUUCGUGUUUACGGCUUUACUAUUACAUAAUUACCUGGUCACAAGUACCAUACAUAGUAUAAAUAAUUUUAUGAGAGAA